AGUGUAUGCUUACUACAAGCAUGGAAUCUGUAACAGUCAGAGGAAAAAUAUUACAUAUUGCUCUCUCUCUCUUCCUCGCUCUCUCUAUCCCACACUCCCACGCUCUUCGGCUUCUCCCCCUCCGUCUUAUUCACUCACACUUACUCUGAGAUCUGUUCAGUUUUAUAUACACCGACUCCGGAGUACAACGCUGUGUGCGCGCGCAUAGUAACCAAGGCUGGCUGCGGAGGAAAGCGCGAGAAGUGCAGAAGGGGAGCGCGAGUCAGUUCAAAUAUUGCGGAUACCUGUAACAACUGAGAGACGUCACUCUACAACAGGAGCGCGUGUACGUGUGUAUUGAAUGUGCCGCAGUAGUGAGCGCACCACCUACACAUAUACCCACGCGCGCAUUUAACACAGCCGACCGUAAACUUGGGAGCUCCGUCGACAGUUUCGCACUGAAAUAUUUUUUGAAAAAAUGAUAAUCGUCGCGGAUGGCUGUGUCUUGCCUAUUGGAGAUAUGCUUCUUGGAUUUUUAUGAGAGUCGGUCGUUUUCAAGUUCGCCGUUCUUUCUUUCUGCGGUCCUCGGGAAGAGAUCAGACAAAGGAGAGCUCACUAUGAGUCGCGCGGGGCUUUUGUUUGGGUACUUUUUGGUGAAAGUUCUGGCGCUGCUGUGUUACGCGGAUGGGGAACCAGGGCAGCAGCUCGAGGGCUUCGUGAUGGUUUCGGCAUCCAACGACUCCAGGGAAGCAGAGGGAGGGCUGCCGGAGCCACCCCAUACAGAAGACAGGUGCAGGGGUUAUUAUGAUGUGAUGGGCCAGUGGGACCCACCGUUCGUCUGCAGGACAGCCAGUUACCUGUACUGCUGCGGCACCUGUGGCUUCAGGUUUUGCUGCGCUUAUAAGAGCUCGCGUCUGGACCAGAGCAAGUGCCAAAACUACGACACCCCCAUGUGGAUGAUGACAGGCAGGACCCCAUCCAAGAAAAACGACCGGAAUGACCCCACCAGGGAUAAAACUAACUUAAUCGUCUAUAUCGUUUGUGGAGUUGUAGCUAUUAUGGCGCUUGUUGGGAUAUUCACGAAACUGGGACUUGAAAAGGCGCACAGACCGCACAGGGAAAACAUGACCAGAGCGCUGGCCAGUGUGAUGCAGCAGCAGGUUCCGGGUUCGAGGGACCAGAUGGAGCGGGAGGUCACCAUGGGGUCUCAGGGCCAGCACUACGAGAACAUGCAGGCCCAGGCCCGGGCCACAGCCAACACCCUCCAGGGCCCCCAGAUGAACAGCACAGGCGCAUCCAUGGGCCCCACCCCUUCCCUGGUGCCCACAAUGGGACAAACUAUGGGUCAAAACAUGAACCAAAAUAUCGGUCAACCCAUGAACCAGACCAUGGGCCAAACCAUGGCUCACCCCAUGGGUCAGAAUAUGUCCAACACUAUGGGCCACACUAUGGCCCAAAAUAUGCCCCACACCAUGGGCCAAGGUAUGCACCACAGCAUGGGUCAAAGUAUGUCCCAUCCCAUGGGACACACCAUGGGCCAAAAUAUGGGCCAGAAUAUGGGUCAUGUCAUGGGCCAAAAUAUAGGUCAAAGCAUGGCUCACUCCAUGGGCCAAAAUAUUGGCCAAAAUAUGGGUCACUCCAUGGCUCACUCCAUGGGUCAAAAUAUGGGCCAAAAUAUGGGUCAAAAUAUAUCCCACUCAAUGGGCCACACCAUGGGACACAAUAUGGGUCAAAAUAUGUCCCACUCAAUGGGUCACACCAUGGGACACAAUAUGUCACACACCAUGGGCCCAAAUAUAUCUCACUCCAUGGGACAUGCUAUGGGCCCAAACCUGACUCACUCAAUGGGCCAAAGUACAUCACACACUAUGGGCUCAAACAUAUCUCAUUCAAUAGGCCAAAAUACAUCACACACCAUGGGCUCAAACAUAUCCCACUCAAUGGGCCAAAAUACAUCACACACCAUGGGCCCAAAUAUAUCCCACUCCAUGUCCCACACCUUAGGUCAUACUCCAGGCCAAAAAAUGACUCAAUCGCUGGUGCACACCCUCCCCCAGCCAUCGGCCCGAACUCUGCCCCAACCGAUGGCACACACCCUACCCCAACCAAUUGCCACGCCCAUUGCCACGCCCAUAACCCAAGCCUACCACACCCUGGGCCAGCUUAGCCACAACUACGACCACCAGUCGGCUAAGGACGUGAGCAGCAAAUAUGCCUCUCUCAAAGCUGUUGCGGAAAAGGCCAGCGAGAGCUACUUCUCCAGCCGUCGGCAGAUGGUGGAUUUCGCAGUGAAAGGCAGCCUGCCUUUGCACCCCGUGCGUUUGGACCACGGCGGCGGUGGCGGCGGCGGCGCCCCCUACAGUUCGGAGAUGUCGUGCGGCAAGCAGAACGGCCACAGGGCCAAGUCCGGCAGCCGAGCGCACGGGACCCACGGAACCCACGGGGCCCAUGGGACCCACGGGACCCACGGGCCCCACCCGCUGGCCUACGCCUCCAACACCAUCGCCAGCCCCACCGUGGUGAAGGGCUGGGGCGGGUCCGAGACCCUGGGCCGCCGGCACAACUACGGGGCUAAGAGACACUACGGCCUGGAGCACAACCAGCUCCGCUCGGCCCAGAGCCAGCACUUCCUCCCCCCGCAGCCCUACUUCAUCACCAACAGCAAGACUGAAGUGACCGUGUGACCCCGAGAGGGACAGGGAGGGAGGGAGAGGGACAGGGAGAGGGGGGAGUGAGAGAGAGGAGGGAAGGAGAGUGAGAGAGAAUGGGAGAGAGACAAUGAGGGAGGGAGCAUGCGAGAGUGGGUGUGAAGGAGAGGAUGAGGGAGUGGGAGAAACGGAGGGAGAGGGAGAGAGAGAGAGGAGGGAAGGAGAGUGAUUGAGAGGGAGAGAGACAAUGAGGGAGGGGUAAGAGAGAGAGAGAGAGAGAGAGGGGAGAGAGAGACAGAGAGAGUAGAGGAGGGAAGGGGAGUGAGAGAGAAGGAGAGAGAGGAAGAGGAGGGAUGGAGAGUGAUUGAGGGAGGGAGAGAGACAAUGAGGGAGGGGUAAGAGAGAGAGAGAGAGAGGGGAGAGAGAGACAGAGAGAGUAGAGGAGGGAAGGAGAGUGAGAGAGAGGGAGAGAGAGGAAGAGGAGGGAUGGAGAGUGAUUGAGAGAGGGAGAGAGACAAUGUGGGAGGGAGAAUGCGAGAGAGGGUGGGAAGGAGAGGAGGAGGGAGGGAGCAAGAUAACUGGAUGGGCAGAGAAAGCGAGGAAGAGAGGGAGGGAAACAGAGAAAUAGGUAGACAACAACAGAUAAAUGGAGAGAGCAGGAGAGUGAGGGAGCGAGUGAGCAUGAGAGAGGGAAUGAGAAUGAAAGACAGAGGGAAACAGAUAGAGAAGGGGAGUAUACGGAGAAAGAUUUUUUUGGUUGAUCGAGAGGUUAGAGUGCCAAACCAUUCCCCUGAGGCAUCUGUGCGUGACAGUGGAAAUGGGGGUGGCAGAGGUCAGUCUUAAAGACGAUCAUCGCAGCUUGGAUUCACGACGAGUCAUGAAAUGGAAUGUUAAUAAAUGAUGAGAUUACGACCACCAUCCAAACAGACAGAAUGUUUCUGUACACUCCUGCCCCAACUGUGGGAAAGAAUCCUGGUGGGGGGGAGACAGUCAUGCAAAAAAAUUUCAGUGAAUCUCUAUGGGGCAAAACAUGGACUUUUCCUACACUGUCAGCAGAAACGCAGCGUUUCUACCUUCUCCCCGACUGCUCCCCCCUCCCCCCCCGGCCUGACUCCUCCGACGCUGCCAUUCCGUAACUGAGACUCUGGUACAGAGAACAGUGCUGAUGUCAUCCACCCGAGCCGGGGAGAAACAGCGAGAGACGCAUCAUCAGCGCGCGACUCCAUUCGCACCCCCUUCCCCCCGUCCGGCGGGUCGAUGGGCAGACUUUGGAGGGACUACUUCAGGGCCUGUGCCUUCUUUCCUACUCUUCAGAGUUUACUGCCAAGUCGCGUCUGAGAGACAAACGCACGGGACACAGCCGCCGAAUUGUUAAAAAAAAAACAAACAAACAAAAAAACAACAAAAAAAAAAUGGACCUUUUAACGGAGCAUCUUUCGCUGAGCGUGCCCCCUCAGAUCCGACAGGACUGGGCGGAGCUUCUUCAGCUGAGUCUGUCUGGUUAUGUCUUUCUUUUACUCUUACUUUCUUCUUUGUUUAAUUCUUUCCAUGGGAUACAACUUUUAAGAACAACAGAAUAGAGAGAGAGAGAGAGGGAGGGAAUGAGAAAGUGGACGCUGUGGCACUGAAAGGCAAUGGGAGAGGCUCCUCCUGAACGUUUUUUUUCCGUCCGUCUUAAAGCAAGCGGGUUUCCCUCAGACUUCAGCCUGCAAGCCAAGGCAGGCAGGCUGCAGCAUCCGCUCACACAGCACACAGCAAAGUGUGAUUGGCUGGAUCACUGCGCUAGACAGUCACAUGAUUUUUCUGUGCUUAACGAUUGGUGCAUCUCGGGGUAAGUAACAGGUGUUCUGUUUUACUGGGUGGAUGUUAAGCUACGACGCUGUCACUGUUGAGGCUAGAAGCGCUCUUAUUUGCUGACAACUGUUACUGCUUAUGUGAUAAAGCCAAUUACAUUUUCCAAUUUGCUGCUGAGUGAUGAAUAUUUAUGAAGGGAAGAUUGCUAGCGCAGAACUGUUUUGUAUACAGGAGUUGAAUAUUUGUUCAGUAUCUAGAAUGGUGGUGAUGCUGGUAGAGAUUUUUCCUCUGGUCUUACAUGACCGAUAUCAUGUGAAGCCCAGGGUUGCUUUUCAAGAACAUUACACCAUCAGACUAGUCGCGUUUUCUAAAUUAUUCCAUAAUAAGAAUAUUUAUUGACGUAUUAUGUAUGCAAUCUGUACAUUCUCUCUUGAAAAAGCAAUAUAUGUCAACUGUCAAUAUAUAGAGGAAAAAAAAUCGAAUCCAAAACAGAAAACAAUAUAGGAAUACAUAUCAGAAAUGCAUAUUUCAAACUAUGCCAAAUAAAAAGUACAUAUUACAAAAUAUAUCAAUUAUUUCUAUUUUCAUGCAGUUAUUUUGCAUAUAUUGUACGAUAUAUUUCCAAAACAUGUCAUUGUGCAGUGUCUUCUAGGACAUAUGCAUACAAUUGCAUACAUGAAAGUGGUGAUAACUGAUAUCUGUAAUAUACUUAUUAUAUCCUGAUGUAUAUGUAGACUGUAUUCCUUGGACUUUGGCAUUUAUACGUUGCAUUGUAUUACUUUUUAUAAGGGUGUGCCAAGUUACAGUUUUUCCAAAGGAACCCUUUCUUGGAGGGGGGGUGGGAGGUGAGGUCUGUGUUCAUUUCUUCACUGAGAUGCUUAUUUGAAGAGUUUAGUCACUGCAACACAGAGACUCGGUCGUUAAUGGCAAUAACACCAUUACUGUUGAUCUUUUGAAGUUCCUGCAAACCAUUCCGAAAGGCCAAAAGGAAACUAGCCGCAGUUUUUAAAAAUGCUUAUCUUUUCCAUCUCUAGCAAUUCUACAAAAGAGACUCCAGUGAACAAAACAAUUAUUGAGAUAUAUAUUGAGUUAUAUAUGAACUUAAAAAUGAAGACUGAGGGGAAUAGACCAUUCACCAAUCCAAGUUUUCUAUGCCCCUGUGGUCUAGAGCAUGGAAACUCAAAUCUGCACCAAAAAAUCCAAAUCUGGCUCUGGGUUUCUUUUCUACCAGGUAAUUAACUGAACAAUUAGUGCUACUGAUUGGCAAGACUGUAUUCACACCUGACUCCCAGGUAAAGGGAGGGUGGAAAACCAGCAGUUCUUGGUCCUUGAAGGCUGUGCUUUGAGUAACAGGGGUCUAGAGCUUGUGUGUUGAAUUAUGACGGUGGAGGUCUAUGUCUGCCUGCAUCUCCACGUCCCGUGGUAUAUUUAGCAUCACGGUGAGAGGAAAAAAUGGAGAAAUGGAACGUUCUGUGGCUGAAGAGCCGAUAGCAAGGGUUUGGGUAAAGCCACACAUCCUCCAAUGAGAAGCGAACUUUAAACGCCUCCAUUUUCAAUGAGAGCCGAUUCUUCGCGUCCUUAAGGCAUGCUGGGAUAUCUGGCGAUGCGAGGCAAGCUGGCAGAGAGACCAGGAGGAGGAGGAACACGGCAUGAUAACCAAUCAGAUUAAAGAUUUGACGUGUCAAUUGUCCCAGCCCAGCUCCACUGGGCUGUUAGACAGAUCAUCUCCAGCAGGGGGGCGCCCUACCCACCCCCUCCUGCCCGAGCGUUUGCGAGUCCCAGCACCCCUGGCAAAUACAGGCAGAACGACCGAGGGAAAGACACUGAAGCGCUGGGGCAGUUUGCUUGGCCUAUGUUGGUCCUUGUGGCACACCACUCAAUUGUUGGUGCCACAUGGCAGACAAAAAUGGAGGUCGGAACACAAUGGAAAGUGUUUCAUUUGAGCCAACACAACAGUAGCGAUUUUAGUCAAGUGACUGGCAUGUACUGAAAGUUGUAGCUAUUGCUCAUUACGAUUGCUUAUGAAAUGGACUGAUAAACAGAACAUGUAAGCUAUAGGGUGUGAUUUUGAUGACAAUAAGAUUUUCCGGCAAAAUGCUUAUUCGACUUAUUGGUGAUUGGUGCUUUUCCCACUUUUAAGCAUACAGCUCUGAAAAAAAUGAAGACCCCACCCCGAAGAAUCGGGGUUACUCGACCAAAUAUUGAUUAAACCCUGCCUAAGCAAAGACAUUGUUAUAUUUAUUUAUUUAUUUAUUUAUUUAUGGGCAUAGUAUUGCCUAUUUUGCAUGAUUCAAUGUACAACAGCACUGUGGAUUUCUAGUAUUUUGACCAGUUGUCAUUUUCUGCAAAUAAUGACAAUAUUAUGUUCAGAAUUACAAUAUUUUUUGCAAUUAAAAUAAAACGUAGUUAACAGUUCAUGAAUAUCAUAAGUUACCCAUAAACAGUGAAUCCAAAAAUUUUAUGUGGACUCUCUGAUGAUGUGGAAUUUUUUCCAGAGCUGUAUAUUGGCUUUGUAAAAGUUUCGACAGAGCCAAAUUCUUCCAAUCGUGUUCCUUGUUGGGAGAGACAUCCGCUGCACUGCGUUAUCAAAGUUGAAGCAGUGGAGAAAAUGGAAUAAAAAAAGGUACAAAGAUUGGCAAUCGGCAACAGGAUGCUAUCAACAACGUGUGUGCCUACCAAGUGAAUUCAGAAGGUCUUAAAGCCAAAGGCAAACACAAUGCAAUCCUAAAGCCAAUUUACUGAAAACACACCUCCAGACUUAAUCCACCCUCACAUUCUUAGGCCUGAUGGACAGAAAUAGACAUGGAGAGAGAGAGAGAGAGAGAGAGAUGUAGAGAAAUAGGGGUUGUGUACUAAUGGCGUUUCCUGUGUGGGUCCAGGCUGCUGUGCAUCAGAGACAGCUGAACGCUUUUUGACGUGGUCUGUAUCACACUGAGGAUAAUGGAGGCCAGUUGGGGAAACAAAGGAAAGAAACCAUCUGAAUGAGGUUUGCAGAACGUUGGGUCUUGUUGUCAGACUGUCAUGCCUUAUGUUACUGCAGUUUUGACCAGGUCGACAGGCUGAUAUCAACUUAAUGUUGGGAACGCGGUUUGCUAAUAAACCGACAGUCUGUUACUCCGGACUAAUCACCAACUCGCGUAGGUGGGGCUCCAAUUAGAGAAGGGGAGAAAAUUCCAUCAAAUUCAACCAUCGUUCCAUAGUACAGUGCUGCCUACCACUGGUUAUAACCAAUCAGAUUGCAGGAAACCAACCGCCCAAACUGUAACUUCCCUUUCCAGAUGCUAUGGAGAAGGAGCACCAGACUAUCCUAGGAUGUAUGUAUUGUUUUUUUAUUUUUAUUUUUCUGUUUUGCUCAGUGCCCAGCAGGGGGCAAUGGCCACACCUUGGACACACAAGCGUGGAGUUACCGCUGCGAGCGCCGCGUCCCUUUUCGUGAAAAGCGGACCCUUUCUAGACGUCUCUGUGCGCUGCCGCUAAACAGCUUCAUUCCAGCUCAAACCGGCUUCAGAACCCCGAGAGCUGACCUCACAAUGCAAUUUUAUGACUGGUCAUUUUCAAGCGUUCUUUAUGGAUUUCUUUGCGUGUUUAAAGUUGGCAAAGGAUACGGUAUGUUUUUAAUUUUUUUCCAUUUAUGUAUUUAUUUAUUAGAAAAUUGACUAUACAACUGCCACAAAACUGUAAGAGAAGUCCACGUUUCUCUCUUGGCUGGAAGCCAAGCUUUGGGGCUGUCAUUGGGAUCAUGUCUGGACUCCGCGCAGGCUAUUCCAUUCUGCUCUCACGCAUGGGGGCAGAAGACAGAUGCCCUGCCGAUCGCACAUCGCCCAAGGAGGUGACGUCGACAGUUUGUUUAAGGGUUUAUUUUAAAAUUAAGUGCUGUUCUUGUCAUUAUUUGUCAUUUGCAAGUUCCAAAAGAAAAAAGAAAUGGGGAUUUAAACACUGUUGUCUUGUUCACUUCUUAAUAAUUAUUUACAAUAAACCAAUCUCUUCUCA